UCCAUCAAAUACUUAAUUCUAUUUCCUGGAUUCCUGAAGUAACAUUGUAACAACACUGCUGUUACCUUCACUGUCGAUGAUUUUCCAACAACAACAAACUCCAAACAUCUCAAAAUUCAGGAUCAAUGGCUUUCAGAAAAGCAGUGAAGGGGACCCUAAUAGGGGGUGGAGCUGUCGCAGCAGCUUUUGGCCUGUCACAGUUCUAUGAAUACAAGAAGAAUCAGGCUCGAUUGGCCUAUGUCGAGGCGCAGGGCGAGUUAAAGAUGCUGUUUAAAGAUGCUCUCCCGACAAGAGAGGAGCAGCUUUCAACGCUGCAAAACACAGAAGAGUUUGAUGUUUUGGUGGUGGGGGGCGGAGCCACAGGUGCAGGAUGUGCCUUAGAUGCUGUCACACGGAAUCUGAAGACCGCCCUCGUAGAACGGAGCGAUUUCUCAUCGGGCACCAGCAGCAGAAGCACCAAGCUCAUUCACGGAGGAGUUCGCUAUCUGCAGAAAGCCAUCAUGAAACUAGAUUAUGAGCAGUACAUGAUGGUGAAAGAGGCCCUUCAUGAACGUGCCAAUCUUUUGGACAUCGCCCCUCACCUGUCUGCCCCUUUACCCAUAAUGCUCCCUGUUUACAAGUGGUGGCAGCUGCCAUAUUACUGGGUUGGCAUUAAGAUGUAUGACCUGGUGGCCGGAUCACAAUGUCUGAAGAGCAGCUACGUUCUGAGUAAGAGCAAAGCACUGGAGCUCUUUCCUAUGCUGAAGAAAGACAAACUCGUAGGAGCCAUUGUCUACUAUGACGGACAGCACAAUGAUGCCCGUAUGAACCUGGCCAUCGCUCUCACAGCGGCACGUCAUGGUGCUUCCAUUGCUAAUUAUACAGAGGUGGUUCAUCUGUUAAAGAAACCAGACCCUACAACAGACCAAGAGAAAGUAUGUGGUGCCCGCUGCCGAGAUGUGAUCACAGGGCAGGAGUUUGACAUUCGUGCCAAAUGUGUCAUCAACGCUACUGGCCCCUUCACUGACUCACUGCGCAAAAUGGACAACCAGAAAGCUGCCAAAAUCUGCCAGCCCAGUGCAGGAGUUCACAUCGUCAUCCCUGGAUACUACAGCCCAGAAAACAUGGGGCUGCUCGACCCUGCCACCAGCGAUGGGCGUGUCAUCUUCUUCCUGCCCUGGGAGAAGAUGACUAUCGCCGGGACGACGGACACGCCCACUGAAGUCACAGCCCAUCCCAUACCUAUGGAGGAUGACAUCAACUUUAUCCUGAGCGAAGUCCGGAAUUACCUCAGCCCUGAUGUGGAAGUGCGACGAGGGGAUGUCCUGGCAGCCUGGAGUGGCAUUCGUCCGCUGGUCACCGACCCCAACUCCAAAGACACACAGUCCAUCUGUCGUAACCACAUCGUCAACAUCAGUGACAGUGGACUUAUCACCAUUGCGGGUGGGAAAUGGACAACCUAUCGCUCCAUGGCCGAGGAGACGCUUGACGCAGCGGUAAAGGCUCAUAACCUCUCGGCUGGGCCCAGCAGGACUGUCGGUCUGUUGCUGGAGGGUGGGAAGGACUGGACUCCCACCCUGUACAUUCGCUUGGUUCAGGACUACGGCCUGGAGAACGAGGUUGCACAGCACCUGGUAGCCACCUACGGUGGGCGAGCUUUUGAAGUGGCCAAAAUGGCCCGGGUGACUGGCAAAAGAUGGCCCAUAGUGGGGAAACGCCUUGUAUCUGAAUUUCCCUACAUCGAGAGUGAGGUGCAGUACGCUAUUAAGGAGUAUGCAUGUACAGCCAUCGAUGUGAUCGCUCGCCGAACACGCCUGGGCUUUUUGAAUGUACAGGCUGCAGAUGAAGCUCUGCCACGUAUAGUUGAGAUCAUGGGCAAAGAACUGCAGUGGACAGAACAAAAAAAGAAAGAAGAGCUGGAUGAAGCAAAGAAGUUUCUGCAUCUAGAGAUGGGUUAUAAAGCUCGCUCUGAGCAACUCAGCAAGACAACAGAGAUCUCACUUACACCCCAAGAGGUGGCAAGGUACAAAAAGCGCUUUUACAAAUUUGAUAAGGAGAAUAAAGGCUUCAUAACGACACUGGAUGUCCAGCAGGUGCUAGAGAGACUCAGCGUCCAAAUUGAUGAGAAUGCCCUCCAUGAAAUUCUCAAUGAGGUUGACCUCAACAAAAAUGGACAGGUGGAGCUUGAUGAGUUUUUACAGCUCAUGAGUGCGGUCCAGAGGGGGCAAAUCUCUGACAGUCGUCUGGCCAUCUUGAUGAAGACGGUGGAGGAGGGGUUGGAUCUGAGAGGACCAGUUUCGGUUGACCGUAGUGGAGGUGGAUUUUGAAUUCCAACUAGAAACCAAAACAUCCACCAAACAACAGCUCGCAUCACAAAGUUGGAUAAACACCAAAACCGCUGACCACAGUGCCCACACUGGUCAGAUCACAAGCACAUCUUGUCAUGAACUGCCUUUGAUUUGUAAUCAUUAUAUAAUAGUUUUUUAUUCUUCUAAAGUUUCUUGUUUUAGCAUGCUCCAUUUAAACGUAUUUAAUUGAAAAAAGAAUGGUCUUAUUAGAGCAUAAUAUAUUCUUGAAAUAUAUCAAAGAGUAUAUUUUUAAUCUCUCUCUAUAUUGUAUGUUGUUAAUGCAUGCUAUGCCACGUUGUGUAACCUGGUAAGCAUGAACAGAUUGUCUUUAUAAUAUUUCUCUGAGCAGCUUAACCCAGUGGGGUUUUUUGUAUGCCAUGCUACUAAAAACAGUGAGGUGAUAUUCAAGGGCUCCUGGUGUCUUCUGAGGUACAUAAUGCACUAUAUAUGGGAAUUUCGCAAGUUUACACUGCAUUCUGCUUUAUUGUUUCUGUUCUGAAUAACAGUGAUGAAACAUGUUUUUUAUUAUUAUUGUAUUAUUUCACUCCUUUUUUAUGUAAUUAUGCAUUUUCUGAGAGAAAAGUAUUUAUUCACAGUUUAAAAUUGUAAUCAUACUUUUUUGGAGAAGUGUCAUCUUGAUGUUUUAAAUGAUAAGACUGAACUUUUUAAAGUUGUACACAGAAAGGAUAUUGUAAGUUCUGUUCAGCAGUAUGUGUACAGUGUUUUGAGACCGAUGCUGCAUCUGGUUUAACAGGAGGAUUUUACAGAUUAUAACGAAAUAUAAGAGCACUUGAUGAAAUGUCAAAUAUUUUAUCCCUAAUUCGAAUUCAUGAACAGUGAAAGCUUUAUUUCACUAAUAGUUACUGGAGGUUUGUUUCUUAUACAAGGUUAUCCACAUAUCCUAAUAUGAAAUAAAACAUGUUAAGAACACGAAAAUAGGGAAACACUGUAAACUUGAUGUAAAGGUUAACAGGGAAUGUAUUUAAUGUGCCUUGCUCUCUAGGGACUUAAUGAACUUUACAUGUCAAAACGCACAUGCCGACAAACACUAAAAAUCACACUUGAAAUGAACUCGUCAAAUACAAAAAUGCUUUAAGUUUGAUGAUUUUUGCACGAUGAGGCUGCUCAAAUCAGGUUUGGUCACUAUGUAAUAACCUGGUUAGGUCCAUCGUGAUUCAUUUGUUGUCUGAAAGCUAAAAGAAGACCACAGUGAUAGUCAUAGAUCCUCCGGGAUCAGUUUUGUUUGUCAGGUUCGACCACAAUGCCAAGAGAGGGCUAAGAGCUGAACUGUCAGCUUUUGUACAGGAGAGCAAUAGCAGUUGCACUAAUCAUUUAUUGUUUGUGCUGACAGGAUGUAAUUUCAGCUGGAUUCGGAUUGAAAGAGAUUCAUAUUCCAUGAAAAAAAAAAGUGCUGUAAAUCAAUCUCCAAAGACUGAGAAUCGCAAUUCUAUAAUUAAAUGUAUUUUGUUGCCAAGAGCAUUGUUUGGAAGUGUCUUUGUUUUGUGAGUUCUCAGUGACUUCAUAUUUCUCACUUAAUGUUUGUAAUAGCUGAAGCAUGUGACAGUCUCCUUCUCUCUUAUGUACUGUAUAUACAGUAUUUCCUUCCCCUAGUGGUUCAAUUUGAUAGCAUAUUAUGCUGUAAUAUAGCUGAUUAAAAGGUGUCUGAGCUUGAAAGCCCUUCCUUGUGCUCCACGGUGAGGUCUUUUUAGUGGCAGGGCAUGUUGUCAUAUGCCUGCCUAUUAAUCCAGCUACAGAUCCUUUCACAGUAUGAGAUGAGUGUGGCCCAUUCCAGUUUGAUCAGCACCUAGCAAAAUGCAAUUAAACUAGCAGCCCGGGUCUGCAACUGUGGCUAAUCCUUAACUCAUUUCAGCUGCUGGUGGAAUAGCCCUUUGAAUCCAGUGCAAUUAAACUGCAUAUUAAACUCAAGCACAGUUCCUGAAGCAGGCUAGGGUGAUAAAGGUGUCACCGUUGGGCAUACACAUAACUAGUGACUCCAUUAAAUAUUUUUUGAAAAGAGAGAAAACACUAAAUUCAUUUUAAUUUUA